ACUUGCUCUGGCUGCCUAGAACGGCGCCGUCACCAUCACGAAGGAAACACAUCGAUUACCGCGCCGAUUUUUAGGGAAGAAUUUGUGCCGAUCCGGAACUAAAAGCUCGAGAUCUCAAGGUGCAAGCUAGCUAUUGUUGCUGUGCUCACCAUCCACACGUCACAACCCACCAACUCUCACACAUCCCGCCAUCAUGAGCGCCGACGCCAUCCCCGAUUUCCUCGCCGAGCAGCGUGAUGAAGCUCCCGAGGAGCUCCAGCCUCUCAUCCUCGACUUUGAGAACUACUGGGAGCGGAAGCUCUGGCACCAGCUCACCGAGGCCCUCGUCGAGUUCUUCAGCCAUCCCGGAAGCGCCCCCAAGCGGCUAGCCUUCUACAGAGUCUUCAUCCUCAAGUUUGCCGACAAGAUCAACCAGCUAAAGCUCGUGGAACUGGCGUUGAAGGCGGCGACAGAGUGCGAUGAGGAUGAGGAGCGUUUGGAAUUCCUGCAAUCGGUCGCCAAGAAGGUCAACAACGAGAACUCGCAAGAUGCAUACGUUUUUGCCCUGGUUGCUGUCGCUCGGGCGAAGCUCGACCUUGAGGAGCUAGACAGUGCACGAAAGGAUCUCGACACCGCCGAGAGGAUACUGGACUCCUUCGAUUCCGUCGAGAACAUUGUCCAUGCCUCAUUUUACGACGCCAAUGCCACCUACUACCAGCUCAAGAUGGACUUCUCCAACUACUACCGCACUGCCCUCCUCUACCUUGCCUGCAUCGAUGUCGCCUCCCUCUCUCCCCAGGAGCGAUACAAGCGGGCCUACCAUCUCAGCAUCGCCGCCCUGGUCUCUACCAGCAUCUACAACUUUGGAGAGCUGCUCCUCCAUCCCAUCCUCGAUGUCCUUGCCAAGAGCGAGCACGCCUGGAUGCGCGAGCUCCUUUUCGCUUUCAACCGCGGAGAUCUUGCGGCCUACGAGAGACUUUCUGAUCGUGUCGAGUCUAACAAGCUCCUGAGCAGCAACUCUACCCACCUUCGCCAGAAGAUCUACCUCUCGGCUCUCACUGAGGCCGUCUUCCGCCGCCCCCCUCAUGACCGAACCAUGACCUUUGCUACCAUCUCCCAGGAGACUAAGGUUCGACCACAGGAGAUUGAGCAUCUCAUCAUGAAGGCCCUGAGCCUGGGUCUUCUCCGGGGUACCAUCGACCAGGUUGAUGGCGUGGCGCACAUUACCUGGGUUCAGCCCAAGGUAUUGGAUAUGAAGCAGAUUGCCGCCAUGCGCCAGCGACUGCUGGACUGGGACUCGAGCGUCAACCAACUCGGCAACUGGAUCGAGUCGGCUGGCAAGGAUGUGUGGGCUGCAUAGACAAGAAGAUGAGUGAAGACGGUGUGGCAUGAGGGCAACAAAACGAACCCUGUACAGUAGACAGAUAGAAACAUCUAUGUGGGCAGCUGAUGAUCCUGCCCAGAGGACAACUAUUAAUUAUACGAGUCCAUCCC